AUGCGACAUGGGAUGGACAUGGGACACAUGCAGGGAUCAGACCAUAGCCAAGAAAUCAAUGAUCAUAACCCUGCAGCACAUGGCAUGACAUUCGAAUUUGUUCCAUGGAAUGGAACUGAACUGUGGAUGGAAGAAGGGGAAGGGAAGGGAAGGGAAGGGAAGGGCUGGGCUGGGCUGGACUAG